UACCAAAAGGUUAUGUAGAUCGCACCUCAAAAUGAUUAUCAAAGUUCUGAGUCUCUGCUUUAUGGCUGCACUGCCUGUACUCGCCCUUGAUCCUGAAGUAAAAGGGCAAAAAGACGGGUUCAUGUUUGGAAAUUUUAUCCAUCUCAAAGGAUACAGACUUAAGGGGAAUCCUUUGAAGACGAAAAAAUUGUUGAGCUAUUGUGACUGCCUGGUUGAGUGUAUUGCCGAUAUCCGGUGCAUGUCUGCCAAUGUGAAUAUGACUGCAGAUAACAAUGGGCGUUUUGACUGCGAAUAUUUGGAUUUUGAUAAAUACGAAUAUGGCCAAAAUUUGACUAAAGUUGAGAAAGUGAGUCAUUACGCCUUUCCGUACCCAAGUUUGCCAUCAGACUGUGCGGCCAUCACCAGCCAAAACAAGCAACACUCAAAUGGAGUCUACCGUAUCAGUCUCCCACCGUCCUUCUAUGUCUAUUGCGACAUGGUAACGACUGGCGGAGGAUGGACCAUCAUACAAAGACGGCUUGACGGCUCAGUUGAUUUUAACCGUGUAUGGGCCGACUACAAACAGGGGUUUGGUGACAAGAACGGUGAAUAUUGGCUGGGAAUAGAUCGUAUCCACGCUAUGACGUCAUUAGGCAAAUUCCGGCUGCGCGUUGACUUGGAAGACUUCGAGGGAAACACGCGAUACGCGGAGUACGACUCAUUCAGUGUGGCUGACGAAGCUGACAAUUAUCGCGCUUCAAUUGGCAACUACACAGGAAGUGCCGCUGACUCUCUAACCAAUCCCGAUAACCCCAUAAAUGGUAUGCCUUUCUCCACAAAAGAUCGCGACAACGACAAAAGUUCUUCAAGUUGCGCUGCAUUUUACGAAGCAGGCUGGUGGUUUAAGGACUGCCAUAAUAGUAACCUAAAUGGUCUAUAUUUGCGUGGAAUACAUAGUCAGUUUGCAAAGGGAAUCGUUUGGAAAGAAUGGAAAGGUUAUUAUUAUUCUCUGAAGAGAUCCGAGAUGAAAAUUAAACCAAAAGUUUAGCUUGACCUUAACCUAUCCAAUGGACAUAACGAAAACAGUGAUCGAGUUAUAGCAGUCGUCAUAUUAAAGGCUGUACUUUUUUUAUUGAGCACAUAUACCAGUUUAGUCUAGUCAAAAUAGAGAAAUAAAACUCCAGCAUAGAGCAGAUGGAAGAUCAUGCUGUACACUGCAUAUAUAUAUAAGGGACUGUGCCAUAAUU